UGGCAGGUUCCGUCCCCCAUAGAAACCCCCCUUCCCCUACACCUUUCCCAUGUCCCAGGCUGUCCCUGUCUGUCCCUGUCUGUCCCUGUCAUGGAUGCCAGGUUUUCACCCUGCUCUCCAGUGUGGCCAUUCUGAACAGCACCACAGAGGCAAGCUUUGGAUCAGCUCACGCAGCUAAUCUAAAUACUGUACGAGCCAGAGCAUGCAGCUCUGACUUCAGGUCAGCGUUAGAACCUGGAGAAAGUCGUGUUUUUGUCCAGUGAAGUUUUCAGGUUUGGAAGUCACCAUGGUUGACAGCAUGGACAUGGAGAAGCAACAGAAGCGCUACUGCAUCCGCAGUAAGCAUGUAGUCAUCAUCUGUGUGACGGUGGUGGUGUGCUCUGUGGCGGUGGGCCUCGGGGUGGGCCUCUCCGGGUCAGACACCACCACCACCACUCCCUCUACACCAGCCCCCACAGCAGUGCCUACCCAGCCCCCCCCGCCUGCCAGAGGGCCCUGUAUGCCUUCCUCUGACUCCAACGGGGACUGGAAGAAUUUCCGUCUGCCCAGCUACGUGAACCCGGUCCACUAUGACCUGCACCUGGAGCCGGACCUGGUCGACGACACCUACACGGGCACCGUGGACGUCCACGUGGAAGUCACCAAGCCCACUCGCCAUCUGUGGCUUCACAUUAGGGAGACGUUUGUCAGCGCCAAGCCCAGGCUGAGGAUGCUGAACAGCCAGAGGGAGGUGGCAGUGAAGAGCUGCUUUGAAUACAAACCUCAGGAGUAUGUGGUGGUGGAGGCCACGGAGGAGCUGCCCGUCACCGGCGCAGGGGAGGUGUACGUGCUCAGCCUGGACUUCCAGGGCUGGCUCAACGGCUCUGUGGUGGGAUUCUACAGGGUCAUCUACACCGAGGACGACGUCACCAAAAAGAUUGCUGCGACUGAUCAUGAGCCAACAGAUGCCCGCAAGUCAUUUCCCUGCUUCGACGAACCCAACAAGAAGGCCUCCUACAAAAUCUCCAUCACUCAUGAUGAAAACUACGGAGCUCUGUCCAACAUGCCGCCUGCGGGCGCCCCUCAACAACUGCCUCACAAUAAACUGAAGACCUCCUUCCAGAUGUCCAUUCCAAUGAGUACCUAUUUGGUAUGUUUUGCUGUGCACCAGUUUGACCAUCUGGAAAGAUUUUCAGCCAAAGGAAUCCCUUUGAGAAUCUACGCCCAGCCAAGUCAGUUAGAAACUGCAACGUAUGCAGCCGACACAACCAAGGUCAUCUUUGACCACUUUGAGGAUUAUUUCAAUAUGAGCUACUCCAUCGCAAAACUGGAUAAGAUAGCCAUCCCUGACUUUGGUACUGGUGCCAUGGAGAACUGGGGCCUCAUCACCUACCGGGAGACCAACCUGCUGUAUGAUGUUAACCAGUCGUCGUCCUACAACAAGCAGCGAGUGGCCAGUGUUAUCGCCCACGAGCUUGUUCACCAGUGGUUUGGGAACAUUGUGACGAUGGAUUGGUGGGAUGACCUCUGGCUUAACGAAGGCUUUGCCAGCUUCUUUGAAUACAUCGGUGUGGAGAAAGCUGAACCUAGCUGGGGCAUGCGAGACAUCAUGAUCAUCAGCGACGUGCUUCCUGUCAUGGUGGACGACGCCCUCCUCUCCUCUCACCCAAUCAUUGUGAGCGUGUCGACCCCGGCAGAGAUCACCUCUGUGUUUGAUUCCAUCUCAUACAGCAAGGGAGCGUCCAUUCUCAGGAUGUUGGAGGAUUGGAUGGGCAAAGACUUGUUCAGAGACGGCUGUCGACAAUAUUUGAAAGACUACUUCUUCCAGAACGCCAAAACCGCCAACUUCUGGGCAUCUCUCGCCGAUGUGAGCGGGUUGCCAGUCGCGGACGUUAUGGAUACAUGGACCAAACAAAUGGGUUAUCCUGUGUUGGACCUGUCUGUCUCAGAGGUGAAUGCCAAACUGAGCCAAAAGAGAUUCCUCCUGGAUCCUAAAGCUAAUUCCAGCCAGCCUCCCUCACCUCUUGGGUACAAGUGGACAAUUCCAGUCAGAUGGCACUCUGUGAAAAGUGACAAAAACAUGUUGACGAUGUUUGACCAGAGCAGCCCAGAGCACGUCAUCAGUAACUACUCGGCCUCAGAGGACGGGCUGCUGAAGGUCAACAAUGAUCACAUUGGGUUCUACAGAGUCAACCAUGACGACCACAUGUGGAACGCUAUCAGUGAACAGCUUCAGGACAACCACUUGGAGUUUGACGCAGCUGAUCGCACCAGCUACAUUGAUGAUGUCUUUGCUCUGGCGAGGGCGGAUGUUAUAGAUUAUGGUAACGCCUUCAAUCUUACCAAGUACCUGACAAAUGAGACUGAGUACAUAGUGUGGGACCGCGUGGCCUCCUCUAUCGCCUAUGUUCGCAACAUGCUCUCAGGCAACGGGGCGCUCUACCCAAAGUUUCAGAAACUGUUCCGUGACCACGUUAAAAAAGUCACAACACAACUGGGAUGGAUUGAUGAGGGAACCCAGAGGGAGAGGUUACUGAGGGAGUCUGUGCUCAGCAUCGCUUGUCAGAUGGGAGAUCAGGAGGCUCUGGAUGAGGCCUCUCGCAUUUUUGACCAAUGGAUUGAUGGAAGUGUCAGCAGUGUGGCAGUGAACCUGAGGCUGCUGGUCUACCGAUAUGGCAUGAAGAACUCGGGCACCGAAGCAAAGUGGGACAUAAUGUUCCAGAGGUACAAAAACUCUUCUUUGGCUCAAGAGAAGGACAAGCUGCUGUAUGGACUGGCCUCUGUGGAGAACGUAGGACUCCUCUACAGGCUCCUGGAGGCCUCUAAAGAUGAGAGCGUGGUGAGGAGUCAGGAUCUGUUCACCGUGGUGCGAUACGUGUCCUACAACCCACUGGGGCAGAACAUGGCCUGGGACUGGACCACACUCAACUGGGACUACCUGGUCAACAGAUACACCAUCAACGACAGGAACUUUGGUCGCCUACUGGGUCGAAUCACCACCACCUACAACACAGAGCUCCAGCUCUGGAAGAUGGAGCAUUUCUUUGGCCUGACGCCGGACGCCGGUGCCGGGGCGAUGUCUCGGCAGCAGGCACUGGAGACGGUGAGGAAUAACAUCGAAUGGAUCGGGAGGAACGAGAACGAGAUCAGAGGGUGGCUGGAGAACAACGUCGCCUAAAGCGGCAAACCGGUGUAAAACACUGCAGGGAUACAGGCCCGCUGCACCUGCACAGAACCACAACCUCCACAGUCCCCUGGAGAUACGUACAGUGUGAGGGCUGGGCUGAGUUAGUGUUCUUUUUGAAGGGCCAAGCAGGCGGCUGCUCAUCUGAAUCAACAGGAAAUCAAAACAAAUAAUCACAUUCUUCCUUCACAAGAGCAAAAUCAACACAUAACCUUUAAGCGGAGUGUGGUGAGCCCUUUCCUCCACUAACAAGCAUUUUCGGUUCAUUUCUGAUCUUGUGCUCAUCACAAGAAGGAUAUUUAUACAGCCCCUUCUCCUUCUUGUAUUUUAGACAUUUUUAUUACAAAUUGUUCCAAUAUAUUUUUGUAAUUUGUUUUGUAAGUUUUCCCUCGCCAGCACAGAGAGGAUGAUCAUGCAUUCAGCCUAACCCUUCUGCCAGUGUGCAACUACACACCACUCUCUGUGCGUGCGCAUGUUCAUUGGUAUUUGUGAGCAAUAAUGGAAGAUGUAGGAGUGUUAACUUGCUGGAGAUGAAGAGUUGAAUGAAUAAAUAUUUACUAAAAUGA